GGUAAAGAUAUAAAUGAACAUGUGUUGUUGUUUUGUUGUUCUUUAAAAUAAAAAAAUAUAUUAAAGUGAAAAAUGUUGACAGUAUUUCGUACAUUUAUAAUUAAGUCAAAAUCACUUUUGUCAAAUGGUCGAACAACAUGUGAAUGUUAUGUAUUAUCAAAUUCUUUAGUCAGAAAUGCUAAUGGGAAUUUGAGAUCAUUGUCGACAACUUCUAUUAAUUUAAAAAAAAGGAAAACUUCUGAAGAACGGAAAGCUGAAGCUGAAAAAGGUUUUGUGAAAAAAGAAUUAAACAAAAUUAAACUUCAAGGUGUAGUAGACGUUUGGAGAAAUAUUACUGUACAAGAAUUGGCCGAGAGGAUGAAACGUAGUUUGGAGCAUGUUCAAGAAACUAUGUUGUAUGUAAAAGGGGCUGAUAAUAUAGAGCCUACUAGUAAAUUGGAAGAUAUGAAAAUCAUCAGAGAAAUUGUAACGAAAUGUGGCAUGAAGUGUCGUUUUGUAGCCGCACCAGAAAAAUCGAUUGAACCAGAGAGUGCACUCAAAGAUAAAGAUGUCUUUCCAAGACCACCAGCCUUGCCAGAAAAUUUAAAACCACGUUCACCUGUUGUCACAGUUAUGGGUCACGUUGAUCAUGGUAAAACAACUUUAUUAGAUUCAUUACGUGGAGCUUCAGUUGCAGCUGGAGAAGCCGGUGGGAUAACGCAACAUAUUGGUGCUUUUACAGUAAAAUUGGAAAAUGGUGAAAGUGUAACUUUCCUAGAUACACCUGGUCAUGCCGCAUUUAGUGCGAUGAGAUCUAGGGGUGCACAUGUUACUGAUAUUAUAGUUUUAGUAGUUGCCGCUGAUGAUGGUGUAAUGGCUCAAACAAAAGAGGUUAUUCAUUUAGCGCAAGAGUGUAAAGUUCCAAUUAUCGUUGCCAUUAAUAAAAUUGAUAAACCGGAAGCUGAUAUCGAACGAACAAAACGGGAUCUUAUACAAAUGGGAUUAGCUUUAGAAGGUCAUGGUGGAGAUACGCAAUGUGUUCCAAUUUCAGCAUCGAAAGGUACAAAUUUAAAAGAGUUAGCUGAAGCAGUAAGCACUCAAGCCACGCUUAUGAAUUUAAGAGCUGAAAAUAUAGGUUUAGUUGAAGGAGUUGUUGUUGAAUCCAAAACUGACACAAGGCGCGGGAAAUUAUCUUCCGCUAUCGUUACUCGUGGUACAUUAAGGAAAGGAUGUAUACUAGUUAGCGGCUUAGCGCACGCAAAAGUAAGGAUUUUAUUUGAUCAUAAUGGUACACCUAUUGAUGAGGCUCCACCAGGAACCCCUGUGGAAAUUUUAGGAUGGCGUGAAUUACCUUUAGCUGGAGAUAUAAUUUUAGAAGUUGAAUCAGAGAAAAAAGCGCAUUCAGUGCUUAGGUUUAGAAACAAUGAGCUAUCAAAAAGCAAAGCAGAAGCUGAUUUAAGUGAAAUUCAAAAAAAAGAAGAAGAACAUUUAAAAAAAUAUUUAGCCGAGAGAGAAGAACGUCGAUCAUUAGGCGUUAGAUAUUUAAGAAAAAAAGGUGAUAGACCGAAAACUUAUUUACCAGAUGAUGGGAAGCCGCGCGUAAAUAUAAUUCUAAAAGGUGAUGUUCACGGUUCUGUUGAAGCUUUAUUAGAUGUAAUUGAAACAUAUCACAGUAACGAUAAAUGCCGCUUAGAUGUCGUACAUUAUGGUGUUGGGGAUGUCAAUGAAACUGAUAUAGAAUUUGCAUCAACAUUCAAGGCAAUUAUAUACGCUUUCUCUGUUAAACGUCCUUCGAAUGUGCCUAAAGACGUUGUAAUUAAAGAAUACAAUAUAAUUUACCGGUUGAUUGACGAUUUGAAAGAAGAAAUUAGCAAAAAAUUGCAACCUGUUGAAGUAGAAGAUCUUGUAGGUGAAGCAAAUGUUCUACAAACAUUUAUGAUAACAGAAGGUAAAAAAGAAAUACCAGUAGCCGGUAGUCGCUGUGUUAAAGGCGUUCUUAAGAAAAAUGCUAAAUAUAGGUUAAUUAGGAAUGGUGAAUUAAUUUAUGAUGGUGAACUAUCCUCAAUGAGACAUCUAAAAAAUGAAGUUGAUUCAAUUAAAAAAGAUGUUGAAUGUGGUCUUAGAUUAAAGGAUGAAAGUAUAAUUCCUCAAAAUGGUGAUACACUUAUAUGUUAUUCGACACAUAUGGAAUCACAAAAAACCGAUUGGGAUCCAGGAUUUUAAUGUUUUAAUAAAUUCUUAGUUUUUAAUUGUUAGUAUUGAAAUUUAAUUAAAAACUUAACAUUAAUAGGUUAAGUAUUACAUAAAAGUUCGUUUUGAUAUUUUGCUAAA